AUGCGCUUCGUACUUCUGAUGGUGGCGCUGCUCUUGCGCAGCGAGGCGCAGGCGUGUCCUUGGGCUUGUGCCUGCAGACCGACCGCUGCUGAUUGCGCGCAUCGUGGCCUGCUGCACGUCCCUCGACCCUUACCGACUGACACGCUACGUCUAGACUUACAAGGAAACAACAUAAGUCUGAUAUUCCAGAGUGAUUUCCAGAAGCAGAAGGAUUUGAAGACAUUACAACUGCAAGAGAACCAAAUCCACACAAUCGAGAGAGAUGCUUUCGUCGAAUUGACAGCUUUAGAGAACUUGAAGCUAUACAAUAAUCGGCUGAGCCACUUGCCUGAUGGUCUUUUUGUGAGAUUGAGGCAUCUACAGCGUUUAGACCUGAGCCGUAAUGACUUGACUGCGAUCAGUCGGAGGACCUUCCGCGGCCUGUCUGCGCUGAAAUCCCUUCAUCUAGGCUGGAACCAGAUCAAAUGUAUCGAUGACAAAGCCCUGGAACACUUGAAGAGCUUGCAGUAUUUAACCCUCAACAAUAAUAAUCUAACAUACCUGUCGCUGGAGGCCGCUCUAGUCGCGCGUCUGCACGCGCUGCGACUUUUCGACAAUCCAAUCGUCUGCGACUGUCGCGUCGCACGACUGAGUUCUGCUGUUCGUGCUGCUGCGUUACUUGGCGUUGGUGCUAGAUGUCAAGCCCCAGCUACUCUUCGAGGAGCAUUCCUAAGCGAGAUAGAACCACACGAACUGAUAUGCAAUGGUCCCACCACAGCGUUAUCUGGAGAAUGUUCAGCGGAGCCUCGCUGUCCACCAGCCUGCAGAUGUACCCCAGAUGGAACUGUUGACUGUCGGGAGAAACUUCUAUCUCAUUUACCAGCCACUAUACCACAUCGAGCUACUGAGAUUCGGCUCGAGAACAACGAAAUAACGGAAGUAAGCGCCGGCGCAUUCUCAUCAGUAAAACGUGUGGCCAGGAUCGAUCUGUCCAACAACAAGAUCGCCAAGAUAGCUGGCGAUGCCUUCAAUGGACUUGUGCAUCUUACCUCACUAGUCCUGUACGGAAACAAAAUUAAAGAUCUACCAUCUGGAAUAUUUCACGGCCUCACAUCACUUCAACUUUUGUUGCUGAAUUCCAAUGAAAUCUCAUGUGUGCGAAAGGACACGUUUCGGGAUUUGCAGAGUUUGAAACUAUUAUCUCUGUACGAUAACAACAUACGAUCUCUACCAAACGGAAGUUUCGAUGCUCUAAUCUCGAUACAAACAUUACACCUUGGAAGGAACCCUUUCUCAUGCGACUGUUCUUUGCGAUGGCUGGCUGGCUACCUGCGACGGAAUCCAAUCGAGACAUCCGGUGCUAAAUGUGAUUCGCCCAAACGAAUGAACAGAAAGCGUAUAGACACGUUACGAGAGGACAAUUUUAAGUGCAAAGCUGGCGAAGACACAAUAGAAGCUUGCGGAGACGAACCACCAUGUCCUGCGCCGUGUGCUUGUGCCCGUGGCACUUGGGGGCGUGGCCUACGCGUGUCAUGCGCGAGAGCAGCUCUGACCGAUAUACCUAGAGAUCUACCUCUAGAUACGCACACGCUAAUAAUGCCAGACAACAGUUUAGGCCAGAUUAAGUCAGACGGCCUCUUGGGCAGACUCCCAGACCUCACGAAGUUGGACUUCAGAAAUAAUGGUAUAUCUAUCAUAGAAGACAACGCUUUCGACGGAGCUGCCAACAUUCAAGAACUACUUCUUGACUCCAACCUCAUAGAAACACUGUCUGAUAAGACGUUCUUUGGUCUUCACAGCCUAACUGCCUUAUCUCUGAGCGACAAUAAAAUAAGAUGCAUCGCACCUGGGUCAUUUGAUCAUUUAACUACGCUGUCUACCCUGAGCUUAUCUGGCAACCCGAUCCAAUGCACCUGUCACAUGUCAUGGUUGUCUGGCUGGUUGCGUUCAAGGCAUCUAGCGACUUCAGCAACUUGCGCGUACCCAGUGGGACUAGCCGGCACUGACUUGACGCAUUUGGAGCUAGCUGAUUUCAAGUGCUCGCCGGAGGAUGUCGGCUGCCUACCACCUGACUACUGUCCUGCCGGUUGCACCUGUGCUGGUAGCGUGGUACGAUGCGCGCGCGCAAAGUUGACAGCGCUGCCUUCGCGGAUCCCACGCUACACUACGGAACUGUAUUUGGAAUCCAACGAAAUAAGUAGUAUAUCGUCAGACCAGCUCCGUCAUUUGAACCAACUGACUCGGCUGGAUCUAUCCAAUAACAAGAUUAGCGUUCUCCCAAAUGACACCUUCGAAGGUCUGACGAAGCUCUCUACACUUAUCGUCAGCUACAAUCGACUGAGAUGUGUUCAGAGAGACGCCUUAAAAGGUUUGACACAGCUCCGAGUGUUGUCCCUCCACGGCAACAACAUUUCAAUGCUGGCGGAUGGUGUCUUCAGAGAUCUGGAGUCGAUAUCUCAUGUUGCACUGGGAUCGAACCCGCUAUACUGCGACUGUUCCCUGCGAUGGCUGUCAGAGUGGGUGAAAUCUGGUGGUGAAUUCGUCGAACCCGGGAUCGCGAGGUGUGCGGCGCCUUCGCGCAUGCGCGACAAGCUUCUUCUCAGCACUCAUCCCACUGCAUUCUCUUGCUCUGGUGACCCGCCAGCAGAUAUUGUAUCGAAAUGUAACAAAUGCUACCGAAAUCCGUGUUCCAACGGCGGCACAUGCUCCGCAACUGCAACGGGUGGAUUCGUCUGCGCAUGCGCACGCGGUUACCACGGCGACGCGUGUCAACACCAAAUCGAUGCGUGCUACGGUUCACCUUGCGCCCACGGCACAUGCCAACUCUUGGAAGAGGGUAGAUUCCACUGCUCCUGUCUCGCGGGUUACACAGGCGUAAGAUGCGAAGCUAACAUAGACGACUGUGUGUCUCAUCGGUGUCAAAACAAUGCUACCUGUGUCGACCAUCUAGAAGGGUACACAUGCAAGUGUGCUCCUGGGUUUAUGGGUGAGUUCUGCGAGAAGAAGAUACCAUUCUGCACGGCUGAGUUCAACCCUUGCGCCAAUGGUGGGACGUGUGUGGACCACGGCAGUCACUACAGCUGUAAUUGUCCCAAGGGCUAUUCAGGACAGAACUGCACAGUUAAUGCGGAUGACUGUAUCAAUCAUAUGUGCCAGAAUGGCGCAACUUGUGUAGAUGGCCUAGACGAGUACAGAUGCUCUUGCGCAGCGGGGUACGCGGGUCGCUACUGCGAAGCGGCUCCUCAUGCUGCUCUCGGGACUUCCCCUUGUGCUCACCACGACUGCGUACACGGCGUUUGUUAUCUGCCAUCCGCUGCGCUGCACCUGGCACUGCAGGAUGACAUUAUGAUGGAGAGGCCACUGCUGGCGCCCACCAACGACUACUUGUGCAAGUGCGCGCCGGGGUAUUCUGGGCGUCUCUGUGAAUACCUUACAUCCCUCACAUUCAACUACAACGAUUCGUUCGUGGAACUGGAGCCUCUUCGGACAAACCCGCAAGCCAACGUCACGCUUGUAUUCAGCACUAAGCAACAGCAUGGUGUGUUGAUGUAUUUCGGCGAAAACGAACAUCUAGCUGUUGAGUUGUUCAAUGGACGCAUACGAAUUAGUUAUGAUGUCGGAAACCACCCCACUUCAACCAUGUACAGCUUUGAAAUGGUAUCGGACGGUGCAUAUCAUAAGGCGGAAUUGCUUUCAUACAACAAAAACUUUACUCUGCGUGUCGAUGAUGGCCCAGCGCGCUCUAUAAUCAACGAAGGGAGUAAAGAAUAUCUACGACUCGAAAGACCAAUGUUCCUGGGCGGAGUACCAAGUGACGUUGCUAAAGAAGCCUUUUCCAAAUGGCAUUUAAGGAACAUCACCAGUUUCAAAGGUUGUCUAAAAGAAGCAUGGAUCAACCACAAGCGUGUGGACUUUGUAAACGCAGCGCGAAUGGUACGAGCCGGCGCGGGCGCAGGAUGCGGUGGGGAUGGUGCGGGCGACGGUGCAGUUGAAGCAGAUCAAGAGACGAUCUCGAGAGCACCGCCGGCUACUUUGCAAGAGGAUGGUGCACAUAGGCCAGACCCCUGCCUACCAAAUCCGUGUCGACGAGGCGGUCGUUGCGUGAGGGAAGAAGGAUCUAGCUCUGACUACACGUGCCGUUGCAGACCAGGUACCGCGGGCGCUCAAUGUGAACUUCUUACGUCUCUUGGUGGGGCCCCAGUUAUAACACAGAGCAAAGUACCGCUAAGGAAACAGAUUAUGAGCAACGUACAAGCUUCUCCUGCUUCUCCAGCGAAACCUGCUGAACGUGCUUCCGCCGGUUCGACACCACAAACCGCUUGUAGAAAGGAGGCAACACGUGAAUUUGUAACAGAGGGCUCGUGUCGUAGUCGCCGCGCAGUGCGCGGGGCCCGCUGCGUAGGGCCCCCGACGCGCUCUGUGUCCAGCUCUGGUACACCACUGCCCGGAGCCUGUGGCCGCGCGCAGUGUUGCGCGCCUCGAAAGACUAAAAAGAGAAAGAUACGUCUAGUAUGCGCUGAUGGGACCCGGUACACCAAAGAUAUAGAAAUUGUAAGAAAAUGCGCCUGCGGCAAGAAGUGUGCGAGGAACACGCCGUUUUUACACUAA